AUGUGUUUGGAUGAUGAUGAUGGACAUGCUGCCAGUGCCUCUUGUGGUCUCACCUCUUUUUCCUUUCUUGUUUUUAGCAUUGGUAGCAGUAGUAGCAGGUGGAUCGAUAUUUCUAUCUAUCUACUAUUCCUUUAUUAUUAUAAUAAUCAUAGUAGUAGGGAAUCAAGUUUCAUUCAUUCAUUCAUUUCCAUCAUCACAAUCCACCCACCUCUAAUUUGUAGACAAAAGCCCCCUUUUUUAAAAUUAUUAGGUGCAACAACAAUAGUAAUAGUAUACUACUUCUUUUAUAUUAUGCAUUAUGAUGAUGAUGAUGAUAAGUGA